CGUGACGGCGCCAGACCCGGAAACGAUAUAAACAGCAUCGGCAAGAAGGCUCGUGAAAUGAAAACAGACAGAAGUGAAACCUGAGAUGCCAUCAAGACAACACUUUGAGGAAUAACUUAAACCUAAAUCAAACCAAGCCGCCGGGAACCGCUGGUCUCUGGCUCCGACGGUAAGUUGGACUAUGCACUGCAACAGCUACAUCUGGGCUUUCCUGUUGGCUUUGUGCUCUUGUGGAGGUCUCCCAUCCGCGUCUGCCUGCAAACAUGAGCCAGAGACUCCGGACUGGAGGAUGACUUUGAAGACUAUCCGCAACGGAAUACACAAGAUUGACACAUACCUGAAUGCAGCCCUGGACCUGUUCGGUGGCGAUGACGGGCUGUGUCAUUACAGGUGCAGUGAUGGUUACAAGCCGGUGCCUCGUCCGGGGUACAAGCAGCCACCACCCAACGGAUGUGGCUCCCCGCUCUUUGGAUUUCAGUUUGACAUAGGCAUCCCGUCGAUGACUAAAUGUUGUAACCAGCAUGACCGCUGUUAUGACACAUGCGGCCGUGAGAAGCACGACUGUGAUGAGCAGUUCCAGGACUGUCUCGAGACCAUUUGCAGGAAUGUGCAAAGGACUCUGGGAUUGGCCCACAGUGUCAAAGCUUGUGAGUCGGCAGUGACUCUGCUGUUUGACGCCGUUAUGCACUUGGGAUGUAAGCCAUACCUGGACAGCCAGAGAGAUUCUUGUGUGUGUCAGUAUGAAAUGAAGAGGGAACUGUGACAUCGCCACAGGAUCACAACAGAAGGAUGCCAGCAAUAAACUUUUUUUUUUGUCACACUCGUAGAUUUUCUCAGGGAUAGAGCUUCUUUGUCAGACAUCCGUUAGACAAAGUGAAUGUAAUAAUAGCUAGUUUUUAGAGUGGAUGAAUAGUAUCUUUCUCAUGCAAUUAAAUAUUUAUAUUUUGUUAAUACUGUGUAAUGUGUUUGUCCUGCAAUGGACUGGAAACAGGGUGUUCAGGGUUUCCCUGGCUUUUGGAUGCUUUGGUUGCACCCAACACUUUAUUUUAUGGGUUUGUAAAUUACUAAAAGGUGUUUGUGGUGUAAAAAAAAUAUGUAAUUUAGCACUGUUCAAUUGGUACUCUUCCAAGUGAUUCAUUACAACUAAAUGGUAAAGCACAAGUAAGGUAAAGGUUUUUAGCAAAAGUAAGCAGCGGGACAGCUGAACAUUUGAAAAUACAAAAUGUGUCUAGAAGCAAAUAUUAUAUGACUAAUAAUGUUUCUAUAACAAGUAAUCAAUAAUAAUGAAUAAAUAUGUACUUGGGUGUAAAUGGAGCUCUUCUUUCAAGGCAGCUCCUCUUGAAAUCAGCAACUACUUCUAAACUCAGCACAACAAACUAAAGUCUCAGAAAAGCGCCAAAUGUAUUUUUAUAUAGGAAACUUUUAAGAAAUGAUUAGUAAAUAAUGGACUGUGAAAUAUAACAUUACUGGCCUGUCCUUCCUUCCAUAACAGUGUCAGUUUCUACAGCAUCUGAAACAUUUUUCCUUUUAUGAAAUUUGUAAAAACAAAUAGUAAAAUAUCAUAUUCAGGUGAAUGCACUGGUUAACUCAAAUGUGAUAACACUGUAAAGAAAACCUGUGUUAAACUGCCAUAAAAAUAAAGAAACUUGCUUUUAUUGAUAA